GCGCUGUCCCCAUUCUACAUCUUCCAACUGUUCUCUGUCUGUGUCUGGUACUCUGACCAGUACGAGAUCUACGCCUCCGCCAUUCUCGUGGUGUCCUUCAUGUCCAUCGCCAUCACCAUCUACCAGAUCCGGAAGGGGAGAGCGUCCCAGUCACCAAGACGCCGCUGCCCAACCCCACUGGAAUGAGAGACGCCCCGGAUCCGGAACUCGACAUGACUCAGCACUCACGGCACAUCCUUUUCUGCGGGACCAACGUCAUACAGACGCGUUUCUAUGGCAACCAGAAGGUCAAGGCUGUUGUUUUACGGACAGGUGAACAACGGAGACGAGCCAGGAGACAUCGUCCUGCGUACCCUUGACCUCAUCACCAUCGCCGUCCCUCCCGCCCUCCCGGCUGCCCUGGCAGUGGGCGUGGUCUUCUCACAGCGCCGCCUCAAGCACAAGCUGGUCUACUGCAUCAGUCCCAGGGGCAUCAACCAGUGCGGGACCAUCAACACUGUCUGCUUUGACAAGACGGGUACGCUCACCGAGGAUGGUUUGGACAUGCACGGGGUUGUACAAGUGGAAACGUCUAGCUGUCCGGUGGUGACGUAGGCAUUGUCCGCCAGUUCCCCUUCUCCUCCAGCCUUCAGCGCAUGUCAGUGGUCACUCGGGCCCUGGGGGCCGCCAACUUUGACCUCUUUGUCAAGGGAUCGCCGGAGAUGAUCGUCAGUCUGUCUAGGAAAGAUACAGGGAUUAUCUGGAGAACGACCUUAUCUUCCUGGGCUUGCUCGUAAUGGAAAACCGGCUCAAACCCGAGACUGCUCCUGUCAUAUGUGAUCUUAGAGAGGCAGACAUUCGGACCAUCAUGGUCACCGUCAGCAGAACCGGCCCGUAUAAAGACUUGGUCAAGGAUAGACCGCUGGUCAGUCUGCUGUCUCCUGGUCCUAUCAUCAGUAUCGUCAUCCAAACCAUGCUGGUCAUCGCUGCUCAGAUCUACGUUUUCUUCAACGUGCGGGAACAGCCUUGGUUCGAACCGUUCGUGGAGAACGAGGAUGACGACUACCAGUGCCACGAGAACGCAGCUGUGUUCCUCAUCUCUGCCUACCAGUACUGUGUGCUCGCUCUCACCUUCUCCAAGGGCGCGCCAUUCCGGGAUAGGAUCUACACCAACUGGUGGCUUCUGAUCAACACCUUUGUUGCCUUCGGGGUGUGUAUCUGGAUCACGAUGUAUCCGACUGACCCCAUCGCUGAGCUUCUAGAGAAAUUCGUGGUGGACAAUGAGGCUCUGCGCCAUAAGUGUUCCCACUGUCUCCAGGCCUGUCUGCCGUCACGUGACCUCACCUACCAUGCCAUCGAGUCGGAGAUAAACAAUGACCCCAACUGGCCGCCUGUCUCUGAUACCAAGGUGGACCUAGCCGAAGUGUUUCAGCGAUUGGACAGCGUUCACCAGAUCCCGCCUUCCUUGGAGAGAAUGAAGAGCUCAUUGGACGAGGUGCUCGAGUCUGACAGCGAGGACACGCCCAUCAUCGGUGACGGAAAAGACAAG